UUUGGGCUCUUCUUAAAACUUUUCAAAGCUAAUGAUCAAUGCAGAGAGGGAAAAUGUCAAACUUAUUCCCUCGAUAUCUACGGAGAUGCAGUGGAAAACUUUGAGUUAGUUGGCCAUGUUUUUCAUCAGUUUGCCACGAGAAACCCAAUUCAUUGCCACAGCCUGUGUGUUGAUGAUUGUCGGUGUUUGUCGUUCAACUACAAGGAAAAUAAUGGAAGAAACGUUUGCGACUUGAAUGAAGCCAGCCACUAUACAGACCCGAGCUCUAUCAAACAUUCUCCGGGUUCACGUUUUUACAACCUUCGCAGGGCAUUCAGCGGCCAAAAGGUAUAAAAACGUAUAUCAUGGUGUAUAUAAUCUUUGCAACUUUUUUGGGCAAUACUUAUGGUCAAGUCAAUUGUUUGUCUUUUGUAUCUAAGUAAUUAUAUAAAAGACAAAUUUGUAAUGUUUAAGACAAGAACAGCAGUGUUCGCGCUCGAAUCCGUUAACGACUGAUAAAACGUUCUGUGCCGAGUACUUUGAAUAGCUUCAAAAACGUCUCCGGAGUAUUUCAUUUCAAAAGGACUGCUAAAUAUAAAUGCCUUCUCUCUUUUUAAACGUGUUGACUUGAAAAAUGUCAAGCAAAAGCAGUUAAACAAACAAAUUUUUGGCAGAAAUAGUAUGCAAUUAAAUGUAAGUUUUGCAUCUGAAGUUACGGUUAAUAAGCGUUCAUCACUGGCUUUCGCAAUACGGCCAUCCAAAUGAAAGAGAUUUCCACAACCGGCCGUACAAGAGGAAAACAAAAUGCUCACAGUAGAGUGUCGCUUUUUAUAGGCUGACCGCAACGCGACAUGAAUGACAUUUAUACGGAAAUGUAAACUGGUACGAAUUAUAUUAUGUUGUUUGUGAGUCGGCAUUUGGCAUUGGUAGUACGUGAACCGCAGUUUGGUGUCUUCUCGGUUUAGAAAACUUCGUAUUUAGUUUUAGAAUAUAAGUUCUGACCGGUGGACGGUGUUUUUGGAUUUUUUUUUCGCUUCGGUAGGUAGAUUUUGUUAGAUUUUGACUUUUGAUAUAAUGGGCCACUUGCACGAAGAGAUCACGUGACCCAUGCUUCCUUUAAACAAUGAGUUAGAAUCUUGUUGAUGCCAAAAAUUGUUAGAACACAUAAAAAUUAUCUCACACCCGAAAUUUGAGAGGAAACGCAUUUAAGGGAGAUAUUUUAUGGGACUUUGAUUUUUCCACAAAGUAGUAUGAUUUGUAUUGGCCGCCGUGUUGGAGGGCAUGCUCUUGCCCUUCAACAUGGCGACCAAAACUACUUUUUGUUUAGCUUAUUUAUUCGAAUAAGCCCCCAACCUCGAAUUAGCGCCCGCCUCGAAUAAGCGCCCAUCCGAAAGGCAGAAGAAAUUGAUAAGCGCCCAGUCUCGAAUAAGCGCCCACCCCCUCCUCCUCCCAAUCAAACUCGAAUAAGCGCUCACCCCCACCCCACUCACUUGAGUGAAUAAAUUCUAAUAAGAGACUUCCCCGAGGACGGAGUUUUCUUCAGAGUGUUUUACAGAGAGGUAAUUCAUAGUUUUAAAAUUACAGUUUGGUCAUGUGACCAUUUACGAACUUAUUCAUUUUAAGGAAUUGGUGCGGGUUUAAAAAACCAAAUCACCAUCAUUUUGUUUAAGAUAUGACCCACUAAUCGUUUUUCGAAGGCAAAAUCAUAUAGCUUUCAUUUUCAUAAAAAACGAUGUCACAUGACCUCUUAGUGAGAAUGGCCUAUUGGAAUUAGGAGAACCGUUCUAUGUUUAUUUAGUAUUCUUUAUACAAAAUGUUCAUCCAGAAAAAGCCAUUUGUCAUUUAUUCUACCCCUGUAUUAACCUGAGGCUGAAUUCAAAGCUCUCCCAGUGACUUUUCAGUUUGCUGACUUUUUACCGGGUAUGAAGGUCCCAAUGUGUGAUUAAAUAAUAAUAAUAAUAAUAAUAAUAAUAAUAAUUUAUAUAGCGCUAUUCAGCUACUCUUUCAUAGUGCUUUACAAUGAUCAAGUUAACGUAGAACCUAAAAGCUAAAAAAUAUAAUAAAAUACCGAGAUAAAUUAGUUACAAAGCUAAAAAAAAUAUAUAUACAUUAUACAAAAAAUGAAAGUUAAAAAUCUAAGAUCUAAAAAUACUAAGAUAAAAUUACAGAUAAUGAAAGAAAAAAAAUACGUGUAUUAAAAAUAAAAGUUAAAAACCAUAGGCUUCUUUAAAAAGAUAAGUCUUCAAAUGUCUUUUAAAAAUAGCAAUUGAUGGAGAUUUACGAAUGCUAAGAGGCAAGUUAUUCCAUUGCCUUGGUGCAGCAAUGCUGAACGCCCGAUCUCCAUAAGUCUUUAGUUUAGCCAGUGGCACAGUGAGCAGUUCUUGCCCACUGGAGUGUAAAGACCGAGGAGAGCCAGUGUAGCGUGAACAUUAUUGGGGUAAUCGAAUCAUAUUUCCUCGUUAACGUGACAAUGCGAGCUGCCGUAUUCUGAACACGGUGUAAUCUACAAACUAAGUAUUUUGGAAUACCAUAAAGGAGUGAGUUACAGUAGUAAAGCUUGGAACUAAUAAAAGCAUCGAUGAGAAUUUGAGCAGAGUCCUGGGUGAGAUAUUUGCGAAUCUUUGAUGUAUUCCUGAGAUGAUAAUUUGUGGUGGAGUCAUUUUGACAAAAUGUCUUCUGAAUAUAUUGAUGAGUUUUCAAGUUGAAUGCCUGAUAAAAUGAACUUAAUCGUUUUAAUUAAAAAAGCAAUAAAGGAACUUUUUUUCGAAAUGCGUUAUAGAGUUCUUAGAAUCCGCUCCUCGUUCCACAAUAUGUGGAAAAAAUCAACAGGUUCAGAAAGAGAAAUUUUUUUGGACACUGGGAUGAACAUAUAUUUUUGCAAAAAUAAUAGAAAUUAAUUGAUUACACAACAAAUCACUCUACGCCAGUCAAUUAAAUAAAUUUACUAUUCUUCUAAAUAAAAUAGUCAAGUUCUCUUUCUAUUCAAAAGAUAUAUCACGUUUUAUUGAGAGUAUUUCCAAACCGAAUUUACGAAAACGAUCGAGAGCUUCGCAUGGUGGCGCACUGGUUUGCUAAAGAGAUGACCCAAGCAAGAAUCUCAACUGUUUGGGAUAAAUGGCCACAAGCGUGACAUUUUUAUUUGCAACCAAUAUGAUAAAAUUAACUAAUCAACACCUCCUCAGGAAAGGUGGGAACAACAAACCGCCACGAAUUAGCAAAUCCUGACUACUAAAUAAAGAAAAUAAUUUUUUUUUAAGAAGAUGUGGACAGUGGCAGGUCGGAGUCUGGGGAGGUGGUGGGAAAAAUUGUCAACUAAGGGUCAGAGGGAUGACAGUACAGGCUGAUGGCAGAGAAAGGCCGCGCAAAACAAUAAUAACUAAACACGUUCGAUCUCCUGAUUGGCCAGGGAACCACCUCCUGCACAUUGCUGACAAGAAACGGGAAAUGCCGAGAUCAUCUAACAUCAAAGCCAGGGCUCGAGCCAGGACUCGAGCCAGAACUUCGAGCCUGGACUUGAGCCAGGACUCCAGUUAGGACUUUUCUAAUCUUUCUGUAAGCAAAAACGUCGUGAACUGUCAUUCAUAUUCAGUUCAUGAAUUUCGAGAGGACAGCUGCGACCUGUUGAUGCGUCAUCGCAAAGAUAAUGCAUUUCGUAAAUUUUCAAUGCUAGAAGUGAACUGCUUCGUAGAAACGCAACGCCAGACUUAAAGGAAAAAUUACAAGGGUCAGUUUGGCAAUAAUACUUCUAUCACAAGUUUAUUAUAAAUAUUCAUGGUUUAAAAAAGGCGAGUUUAUGCAAGAGCAAGACAGCUGAACAAAAUACUAUUACAUCUUUUAUCGUUAAAUUUUAACGAACUAUUCACAAGAUAACACGCUUAAUCAAAUAGUACAAGACAGCAAUCAUAUCUUACUGAAGAGAAAGUGAUUACAAGACUUUUUUUCAUUAAAUACUCCAGUUUAACAGGUGUGACCGGCUUAAAGCAAAGAGAAAGAUUGAUCAGUUGAAAAGAUUGAUGGUUACAAAAAUCAAGAGAAUUGCAAGAAUCGAAAGUUAACGAAAAUAUCCAUAAAAAGACUUUGUUUAUGAAAUACAAGUUUAGUUCCAUAACAGUCCGAGUCCGUCCGGCAACAGAAGAGUCUUGUAACAAUUUCCUUCGUUAACAUAAUCAUAGGAAAAAGUACAAUUUUUAAUAACACUAAAACGUUUUGAUUAAACUUAUUUGAACAGGGUGGUUGCUCCUUUUUAGAAUACUGAUUGCUGACAGUAACACCUUCUCGGCAACUAUUCCAGUUUCGGUAAUAAAUUUACCAUUUAUUUUCCAACUUUAUUUUCACGUUCAAAAUUGCGUUUUUGGGUUCUUUAACAUAAUGUCAUGUGGUAGUGACGUCAUAUGCGUGAAUGGCUGAUCAACCUUUUCCUGGGAGUUAACUAUUAUGUCACGAUUCGAGGAUUCCACUAUCACUUAUAACAUUUGUUCAUCCUUAACUAGUUCACAUGAAUAAUACUUCUCAUCGCAUCUCUCUUUCUAUAUCCAUUUUUUUCAGAGACACAAUGUGACGCCAUGUGAUGGUGAAGUCACAUGCAUUAAUAGCUGCUGCAAGAAUAAUCCUUGUCAGAAUGGAGGAACAUGUACAGAAAUAUGUGAGCCCACGAGUGUUCGGUACAACUGUUCUUGUCCAGCAAAGUUUUUUGGCAGACACUGUGAGUUUGAAAGAAAAAGCUGCCAGGCCUAUAAAGCUGCAGGAGAAAGAAAAUCUGGAUUGUACACAAUCAUUGAUGACAGUGAUAGAGUCUUCAAAGUAUUCUGCGACUUUGACUCCGAACCCAACUUUGCAUGGAACUUGAUCCAGUCAUUUAAGUUUUCAAACAAUGAUGACUUUAAGGUAAGUUAGGUUCAACUUAAACCUAUGUUAGCUUAAAAAUAAAUCAGUUGCAUUGUGUUGCAUGUGAUGCUGUGUUUGUCCUUGUUAGGGCACUGGACUAACAAUUCGGAGGUCCCGAGUUCAAGUCCUGCCCGGACCACUGGUUUGAUUUUUUCUCGGUAGUACCGAGUUCAAAUCCUCGACCACGCGUGUAAAUAAUAGCCAACAGGUUUACCUCCGGCCAGUUGGAAUUCUCAUUCUUUGAAACUGCCCACCUACCCCUCCCCUAAGCUAUCAUUUUGCCCUAUGUGAGAAGUAAGUGUUAAUGUUAGCUUAGGGGAGGGGUAGGUACCUAAACCUAAAUUGAUCCUUCUUAACCGCAUUGAUGUUUCUUUACGGAGAUGUAGCAAAUUCAGAAAGUGGAAUCUCAAUUACGGACAGACAGAAUGAAACUCGAAUUUUAUCAAGACACCCCUUGCCGACUUUCCUGCUUCCUGAAAUCUCCUCGUAACGUACUGUAGAGAGAGCCAAAAACUUGACUGAGUUGUUGUUGUUGUUGAUAUAUGCAGGGCGUUAUCUUUUCUGACUACAAUGACGCAGAUGCGACCAGUGGCGAUCAACCAAACUGGCAUGCGUACUUGAUCCGCCCAGCGUACCUGGCAUGGCUUGGGGCCCAGUCCACUCACUGGCGAGCUACCUGCCGCUAUGAUACCGACGGAGUUGUGUACACAGAUUACAUGCGAACAUCCCUGGCAGAUUGCAACAUACUUACCAUGCAGAAAGAACAUGGUACGUGCUUCCAGUUCGAAUUCAUAAACAUCCGUGGACAUGAAUGUUUCAAUUGCACUGUACCUCUCUGGAAUCAAAAAGGCGCUUAUUCUUUGCAUACUGAUACCCACUUUAAGAAUUGCGAGUUUGACGGAAAAACAGGCUCCGUUCAUCGAGAAGACAACUUUGGUCAUUAUGUUCAUUAUAAUUCCUUACAUCGCUGUUCUUCUGGCUCUAAUUCUACAACUCAGUUCUGGCUUGGAGGCAAAUGA